AUGAACAGCCGCGAGACGGAGUUCUUCGAAGAUGCCAGCCAGUCCGAGUACUUCCAAGUCGAUGCAGAUGCGACAGCUCUGUCCGAAUUCGGCAGGCUAGCCACCCAGAGCAACUGGGCCAUUGGCGGGGACGCAUGGAAGAAGCACUGGCACGCCUGCUUCGGAACAGAGUACCGCUUGGCGAAGGUGGCAGCUAUGGACUGCGCGCCGGAGAGUCCUAGCCAGGGAGUUCCGCAACACUCUCAGAAAGCAGCUCUCCAGGAACAAGAAGCCGUUCGACGGGGUUUCCUCAACGGCUUCGAGCGCUUCACCCCUAAACCGAUGGCCUUGCUAGCGGCGGAGUUCGAUCGCCUCGCGGUGCACAAUGGAUGGCCCAAGGUAGCCGACAAGAAAGCGAAAGAGGAAGCGGCCAAGCUGGCGGAGCUCCAAGCUCUCUGCGCUGAGGUGCGCAUCCCUGCUCAGCAGUCAAUCAGAAAAUGCAAAGAGGUACUAAGAGAGGUCCACGUUAAUAUCAGCGAUCUUGUGGACAGUCGCCGCACGGGAGAACCUGUUCAGAUCUUCACCUCACUCGAAGCACUCCAGCGCUCGACGUUGGAGGGAGGCAAGGUCUUUCCCAAGGAGCAGACGAGCGAGGAUAAAUUCCUGAAGCUGUUCCUGCGUAAGAUGGAGCCGAAGGGAGCGUCUUCUAGCCCGGAGGAAUCGUCUUCUAGCCAGGAUGGGUCGCCUCCGUCCAAGGAGUGA